AUGUCCUACAAAGCUGCCGCCGCUGGUCUCGGCAAGCUGAAAAUUAGCGAUUCGAAGCCGAAAUCCAAGAAAGCAGAGCCGGCCGAGUCUUGGGAGGACGAAGCUGAUCACAGUUCCGACACUGAAACAGAACAAGUGUCCUCGCCAGGCAGACCAGGCACAGCCGAGUAUCCAGGUCCUCCUCCCCCAACGCCGUCUUCGCCAGUCAAUGCCAGGCAUCACUCCAUUCUUGAAAAGUCCUUCACCCCCCUGCAGUUCGAUGGGGCCUUCGAUAGCGUGGCGGAAUCGAGCCUAGGCUAUCACGGAGAGGAGAAGAGGCCAGAGAAGACGACAGCUGUUGCGUCCAGGCUCAUUGCUGCCGGUAUUGGUCAAAAAGCUCCUAAACGUACCAAGGAGCAGCGCGAGUACGACCAGGCUAUGAAGAUACAAGAGAAGCAGAAGCGUGAUCAGGCACGGGCAGAGGAGGAGAGAAAGAAAAGAGAGGCCGAGCAGGCGAAGAACGCUAUCUGGGACGAUUGA